UUUGCCCUGACGUCAUACGCCCGCGACAAACACACGCUGGCAAAUGUGACACUCGUCGGGCUGUAUCUGCACCCGGGUCUCAGGGUUUGUUUUUCGGGCAAAAUGUCAGUUUUUCACGACGAAAUCGAGAUCGAGGACUUCGAGUACGACGAGGACACCGAGACGUUUUACUUCCCGUGUCCCUGCGGCGACAGGUUCGCCAUCACCAAGGAGGACCUGGAGAAUGGAGAGGAAGUGGCCACCUGCCCCAGCUGCUCCCUGAUUGUUAAAGUCAUCUACGAUAAGGACGAGUUCAUGUGCGGGGAAACGAUCGAGGCGCCGCCGGCCGAGAGCAAACUGGAGCUGGCUCAGUCGUGACGGAGACUUCACCGGAGCCCCUCCCCCCGGCGUCUCCGCGGCGCCGCCUCCAGAGAGAGUUCACCUUUCCAGACGUUGCCUCACGCGGGCGGACGAGCGGUUCACCCGGGACGCGCCGCCCUGCAGCGAGCCGUAGAUUUUAUUACUAACCUGCAGAGGAGGAGCACGGAAACCCUGAGCUGAAGUUAAAGCAUGAAAAUCACAUGAAAGCAGAGACACACUCACUCUGCAGAGUCUUUCAGGGCUGGGACGAUCUGCUUAUCUCCUGAGCCGAUACUGUCACGAUACUCUGCCUGAUUUGAUUUGUACUAUUGCAAAUCAUGAUUUAUUGCGAUUCUAGUCCUUAGACAGAUCGGGUGCAAAAUUUAAGCAUUUUUGACCAUAUGAGAAUGAGUAAAAAUGGUCAGAAAUCCCCUAAACAUCCCACAUUAGGACACCAAGACCUUCAUGCUUUGAUUUGGUGACUUUUGCAGAUUUCUGUCAGAAUUGCAUUUUUCAGUGAUUGGAUUUCGGGCGUUCCCUUGUGGAAAUGUGUCAGAAGCCCGCCUUUACUGCCAGUCUACCUGGAAAACCAGACCUCCUCCAAACGGUCUCGCUCUCUAGUCUGUGUCUGUAAAGUUUCAUGAGGCUGCGAUUAUCCCAGAGGUCACUAGAGGUCAUUUGACAUGGUGACCUCGCUGAAAACAGUCAUGCUCGUUUUUUCCUUUCGCCAAAACUGAGCCGGGCUUUGCAGUGAUAUUUAGCCGGCCUGUCGACAACCGAGCGUGACAUGCCUUAGAUCUGUUCCUUCCUUAGUUCGUCUGCUUUCAAACGAGACCAAGAUCUUUACUCCAAAUUGAUUUAAAAAAAAA